AGUAUCAAAUCAAGUUUUCUCAGUCUCAAGCAACAGCCAUAGAUCACACCAUACAAAUAAUGCUCCUAAGCUCAUCAACUCCAGUUUCACAAACACUUUUUCCAGAAAGUCCAAAGAGAUUUUGAUAAUACCUCUGAUCACUAUAUUGGCACAGUCUUAUUUCACCCUUCAAACCAUCUGUGUUUUUAUUCAGGCAACACCGAAUUCAGCCCAAAAAUCAGUAAUCUUCGUCGAAAAUCGAUCCGGAGAGCUCAAUCUGAUGGGAAUUUAAAAGGGUUGGUGUCAAGUUCUGAUCUUGACCAAGUGGAUAUAGAUCAGAUCAAAGGUAGUUUCAAGAUCUUGUCAUAAGCAAGAGAAGAUAAUAAUGUUGCAAACAGAACCAUCACUUUCUAUUUAUAAUCAAGAUUUUGAGGAGUUCAAUGAUGGAAAAUUGGUGAAGUCUGUUACUAUAGGAAAUGAUAUAGCGGAUAUAGUAAUUAGUGAUGAUUUCAGCUUUGGAAAAAGAGUUAUGGGGCUGAUAGAAGAAGAUGAUAAUGAAGAAUUAGGUGAAGGGAAACAAGAUAAAGAAAGAGUCUUGGAUGGAUUUAAAGACAAUAUGGGAGUUGAAGGAGGAAGUGAAGAAGUUGGUCUAAUGUACCUUGCUUCUCGAUUUGGAAUUAAUGACAAUGGCAUAGACAAUAGUGGUGUUGUGACACCUAAUUUUGAAACUUAGUGAAAAUCUUGACUCCACCGCUACAUGAUUCUAACUCUAUACCUUCAAAUAAAACACAUUUAAAUUUGGACAAUUAGCGAAAAUCCUGACUCCGCUAUUGCAUGGUUCUAACUCUAUACCUUUCAGAUUUUGAAGAAAAUGGAGAUAUUGAAGCGCAUUAUAAGAGGUCGCUCCAAGAAUAUCCUUCCAACCCUUUGUUUUUGAGGAACUAUGCUCAGCUCUUGCAGUCAAAAGGUGAUCUUUCCGGGGCUGAGGAAUAUUACUUUCAAGCUACACUAGCAGAUCCAAAAGACGGGGAUAUCUUAUCUCGGUAUGCUAAAUUGGUGUGGAGGCUGCACCAUGAUAAAAAUAGAGCAUUGAACUACUUUGAACGUGCCACUCGUGCUAAUCCUGAAGACAGCAUAUGCUAGUUUUCUUUGGGAGAUUAAUGAUGAUGACACUGAGAACGAGCACGAUACAAACACACCCUGCAAUCAAACUAAGGGUACUUUACAGAAGAAGUUAUACUAUAUUUCAGGACAUGGAUUGUAAAGGAGAUAACAGACCAGUAACUCCUCCAUUGCAUCUUGCAGCAGGAUUUGGGAUUGGAAGUGGUAAUAUUGGUGAUGGAAAUGCUGAUUAUUACUACAGGAGUAUGAUUCAAGAAAAUCCGAAUAGCGCGUUGUUGUUAAGAAACUAUGCUCAGUUCCUUGAUCAGUGUAAGGGAGAUUUAAAAGGAGCUGAAGAAUACAACUCUCGCGCAAUAUUAGCAUAUGCUAACGAUGGAGAAAUUAUUUCAC